ACUUGCGUAGACGUCACAGAUUCCACACAGAGCCAGGAGGAGAGUCAGACAUGGCAUGGCGAACCUACAUAGAAGAAGCUCCUAGCUAUAGUUGUGUGUAUGACCCUCAAAUAUAUAUAUACUAGCUCAUGAGCCAAAGCACCUUUGCAAUAGCUAGCUAGCUUAUAAGUUAUACCAAACCGAGUUUAGAGAAGGAAAGAUGGCCGGAGAGGAAGUCAGUAGUGAAAGCACCACACUUGAAUCAACACCAACAUGGGCUGUCGCCACCGUCUGCUUCGUUUUGAUUUUCAUCUCCAUUCUCAUCGAGCAUUUGCUUCAUCUUUUAGCCCAUUAUUUCAACAAGAUAAGGAGGAAGUCUCUCAUUCUCGCUCUUGAUAAGAUCAAAUCAGAGUUGAUGUUGCUGGGGUUCAUUUCUUUGCUGCUAACCGUGGGGCAAAAGCCGAUUGCCAACAUCUGCAUCCCGAAAGCUGCCGGAGAGUCUUUUCUUCCUUGCCAGAGCUACACCUUGAGUGAAGAUAUUGUGGAGGAAACGAAAUGUGCAGAGCAGGGAAAGGUUUCAUUGAUGUCGAGGUCCGGUGCCAAUGAGCUUCAAUACUUUAUUUUUGUGCUCGCACUGUUCCACGUCUUGUCUUGCGUUCUCACUUCCACUCUUGGUUUUGCCAAGAUGAAGAGCUGGCAGUCUUGGGAGGCAGAAACCAGAACCAUGGAGUAUCAAUUUUCUUAUGAUCCAAGGAGAUUUCAGCUGGCACACCAAACCUCAUUUGGGAAGAGACAUUUGAAAUGUUGGAGUGACCACAGAAUACUCCGUUGGCCGGCCUGUUUUGCAAGGCAGUUCUUCAGUUCUGUUUCCAAAGUGGAUUAUUUCACUCUUCGACACGGAUUCAUAACGGCUCAUUUUGCAGAAGGAAGCAAUUUUGACUUCCACAAAUAUAUCAGAAGGGCUUUGGAGAAAGAUUAUGGAGUAGUUAUGACUACAAGCUGGUGGAUUUGGAUGUACUCAGUCUUCGUCAUAUUCUUGAAUGCACAUGGAUUUUAUAAUUAUCUAUGGGUACCGUUCAUUCCUUUACUGAUGCUAUUGCUUGUGGGAACAAAGCUACAAGGCAUCAUAACGAAGAUGUGUGUAGAUAGCCAUGAUAAAUCUCAUGUUGUAAGAGGGACUUUGCUUGUGAAGCCCAGUGACCACUUUUUCUGGUUUGGCUGGCCCAAAUUGCUUCUCCAUAUUUUGCACUUCAUACUGUAUCAGAAUUCAUUUCAAUUGGCAUUCUUCACUUGGACUUGGUACAAAUUUGGUUUGAAAUCAUGCUUCCACCGAGAAACUGAGGAUAUAGUAAUACGGCUGGCCAUGGGUAUCAUGGUACAAAUCCUGUGUGGCUAUGUAACUCUACCUCUUUACGCAUUGGUCACUCAGAUGGGUACGUCGAUGAGAAAAGCUGUCUUCACGGAGACGGUGGUUACCGGACUGAAAAAAUGGAGAGGAAGAGCCAGGAAGAACCUUGCUCUUAAGAGCUCGGCACGAAUGUCGUUGGAUGCUUCCCUUCAAACCUCACUCUCACUAGACACUACACUUUCUUUCAAUCACAUUGAUGCUUCGGCUUCUUUCUCCACCGUGGAUUUCGACGCUGAAUAUGUAGCAGUAGAAAUAAUGGACAAUGCUGGAAAUGUUGUACAGGGAAAACAAGUACCGGAGGGGGAGGAUCGAGACCAGAAGCCUGGACCAUCAUUUGAUGGUUUUGAUUUGAGUAGUAGUAAAAAAUCUCAAAGAUGAGCUAGCCAGCAGUUUAUAGUUUGAGCUAGCUCCAUCUGUUUUUGCUGUGAUGGGUAGGUUGUAUAGUUACUUCUCUAUUCUCUGAACAGUUGCUCAUAAACACUAAUCCUAAACCCUAUGUCACCUUACAUGAUUCCUUAAUUGAAUCUACAAAGAGAUCACGGCCGUCGUUCUGUC